GGGAGGGAGGGGGAGGGCGCGGUGAUGGAGUCCCGGAGACGGCUCUAUAAACUCCUCAUGCGCUUCGGCGCCAUCAUCCUCACCCGCUUCCCCUUCUGGAACUGCUUCAGUAUGUUAAUGCUGUUCGCCGACCGCGCCGAGCACCGCAGGAAGCCGGAUAUCCCGGUGCCUUACCUCUACUUUGAUAUGGCCGCAGCCGUGAUCUGUGCCAGUUUCAUGUCCUUCGGAGUGAAAAGGAGGUGGUUCGCUCUGGGAGCCGCUGUCCAGUUGGCCGUCAGCACCUAUGCGUGUUACAUUGGAGAGCAGGUGCAUUACGGGGACUGGCUCAAGGUAAGAAUGUACUCGAGGACUAUAGCCAUUAUUGGAGGAUUUCUCAUCUUAGCGAGCGGUUCGGGUGAAGUUUACCGACAGAAGCCACGCACGAGGUCACUACAGUCGACGGGACAAGUGUUUAUCGGCAUCUACCUUAUAUGUGUGGCCUACUCCCUGCAGCACAGCAAAGAGGACCGCAUGGCCUAUUUGAACCAUAUUCUGGGAGGCGAAAUUACACUGCAGCUCCUGUUCGUACUGUACGCAGUGCUAGCCUUAGCGUUCCUCUCUGGCUAUUGCGUGAAGUCCGCAGCCCAGAUCCUCUCCGUCCUCUUGCCAGUGGUUGUACUUUUCAUCGACGGCAACGUGGGCUACUGGCAUCACUCCCGGCGGAUAGAGUUCUGGAACCAAAUGAAGUUGCUGGGGCAGAACGUGGGCAUCUUUGGUGCCGCCAUCAUCUUGGCCACUGACGCCUGAUGGUUUUCCAAAAGGCAGAGUGUUCUUGGGAAGCCACGGCACAAACGAAACCACCGCCUCGCACUGCUAUCUAUUUACUUACGUUGCUUUGCAGGAGCCCUUCACCGUGUCACCGACCGUGGACAGCGCGUUAAAAGGCGUCUGAGACGUCCUCGGAAACCCGUUCACUUGCGAUGCUGCGUGACUCGUAGGGUUGCUUGUCUAGGGAUGUGCUGGUUUGUGCAACACUUUGCUUUUUUUUUUUUGCUCGUUAUUAUUUGUACAAUUCAGGUCAAUUCUACCAGUUGCUGUACGUUUUUUUAUAUAUAAAAAGACUCUUAAGGGUUAAGACACUACCUAGCUGCGUGAUUCUAUGCUUAACGGUAUAUUUAGUGUAUUUUUAUAAUGAAUGCAGGUGUUGAAAAUGUCGCAUUUGAAGCACGCAUCGUCAAAAUGCACGAUAAUUCCCUUUGGCCCCAUGAAAGAUCAGUACUGCCUCUCUUAAGUGUCUCAGGUAGGUUUGUUUUUAUUUAACCGUCCAUUUAUUUUCACCAUAAAAAUGUUUUCCAGA